UUUGAUCAGUUUUGAGAGAAAAAGGUGUCUAUGUGUGUGUUUUUUAAGGAACAAACAACGUAGGUAGUUUCAAAAAAAUUAAAAAACAACCUUAUAGUUUGCUAUAAAAACAGAACAAAACACGUUUGAUGAUGUUUUGUUUCUGCACUCCGUGAUUUUCGCUUCCCGCUCCUUUCGUCAACCAACUCUCUCUCUUAUCUUUAAACAAAAGAUACAUUACAUAAAUAAGAAUCAACAAACUGAAUUUUCCAAUGCCAGAUAUUAAGUCAUCACCUGCUAGGGUACGUAACCUCUUCUUUUCUUCCUUUCAUUUCUUAUAACCGUUUGUUAUUAUGCAAUGAAUUGUUAAGAAUAUAUGAAAAUACGAAUCAAAAAUUUUGACAUAGGUUUUCUAUUUUUUGAUAUUGUUAAUUUCUCUAACCUUGGAUUUUUGUUUUGAAGCAGACGGUUUUGGCUGAUUCAAAUAGCAAAAAGUCAUGUUUAUAUGUAAUCUUUCCAGGGGCACUUUUAUUAUUUGUUGUUUUCUUUUUCACAAGUUCAAUAUACUCACAAAGCUACAGAGAGAAACUAUCAAGCUUCAAAAAUGGUGUAGGUCAGAAUGUGCACACUUAUGAUAAAUGCAGGUAGAAGCAGUGCAGGCCUAGUGGAAGUGAAGCGUUACCUCAGGGUAUAGUCUCGAGUACUUCCAGUUUGGAGUUGAGACCUUUAUGGAUGUCUAAGAAUGGUCAUCAUUUUCAACUAAAUGUUAAGGUAAAGCCAUCAACCAGCCUGUUUGCAAUGGCGGUUGGAAUAAAGCAGAAAGAUUUAGUUGACAAGAUGGUCAAAAAGUUUCUAGCAAGUAAUUUCACUGUCACGCUUUUCCAUUAUGAUGGAAAUGUCGACGAAUGGAAGAAAUUCAAAUGGAAUGAUGAUGUCGUUCAUAUAUCGGUAGUCGAUCAAGGCAAAUGGUGGUUUGCGAAGCGUUUCUUACAUCCCGACAUAGUUGCUGAGUAUGAUUAUAUUUUCCUUUGGGAUGAGGACCUAGGAGUAGAAAACUUCCACCCUGAGAAGUAUGUUUCUAUUGUCAAAGAAGAAGGGCUUGAGAUAUCACAACCAGCACUUGAUCCUACAAAGUCGGAAGUUCAUCAUCAAAUUACCGCACGUGGUAGGAGGUCAAAAGUGCACAGGAGGACAUUUAAAACUGUUAUUGAUGGUAAAGGCUGUGAUGGAAGUAGCACUGCUCCUCCUUGCACCGGGUGGAUAGAAAUGAUGGCUCCUGUUUUCUCAAGAGCUGCGUGGCGUUGUGUCUGGUACAUGAUUCAGAAUGACCUGAUCCAUGCAUGGGGACUAGAUAUGCAGCUUGGCUACUGCUCUCAGGGUGAUCGAACAAAAAAUGUUGGUGUUGUUGAUGCCGAGUACAUUGUCCACUACAAUCGUCCCACUCUUGGAGGCACAGAUGACAAGACUACAGUAAAAAAUGUUUCAGAUUCAUCUCAGGAAAAGGAUCAUAGAGUUGAUGUAAGGAGACUUUCUUACAAGGAAUUAGAUAUUUUCAAAAAACGUUGGGUCAAGGCGGUUAAGGAGGAUAAAUGUUGGGUGGAUCCAUUUCAAUAGCAACAUGUGUGCAUGAAUUGAAGUCAUAGUUAAAGUGAUGUACAUUUUGUACAGAAAAAAACACACCAUUUAUCUGAAGUGAAGCAAAUGCAACUCACAACUACAAUACAACAAUUGAUUAUAAUUGAGACAAAGACACUUUGGAGAGUCUCAAAGGGCAUCAUGGUAUGGUUCAGUCAGUGGAUUUUAUCACAUUUUUAUUCAAUUAAGGUUUGAAGUGAAAUAAAAUAAGAGAAUGUGGUAGUUGUGAUUAGAGAGUAGUUAGAAAGCUAGAAGUGAGUUAUUUAAGUUUUUUUUUUCUUGAGAAAACUUCUUCAAGUCACCUAUUCUCAAUUUAAGAUGUUUUAAAGGUGAUUUAAUAAAUUAAUUGAUGUCAAGUUACUCAAAGUGCAUUUGGAAAUUAUUGGUUUCA